AGGCGGUGUUUGGUAUGCUUUCCUUUAUUGGUCAGAGUAUUGAGUACAGGAGUUGGGAGGUCAUGUUGCGGCUGUACAGGACAUUGGUUAGGCCACUGUUGGAAUAUCGCGUGCAAUUCUGGUCUCCUUCCAAUCAGAAAGAUGUUGUGAACCUUGAAAAGGUUCAGAAAAGAUUUACAAGGAUGUUGGAGGAUCUGAGCUACAGGGAGAGGCUGAACAGGCUGUGGCUGUUUUCCCUGGAGCGUCGGAGACUGAGGGGUGACCUUGUAGAGUUCAUAAAAUCCUAAAGGGCAUGGAUAGGAUAAAUAGACCAAGUCCUUUCCCUAAGAAUAGGAGAGACCAAAACUAGAGGGCAUGGGUUUAGGGUCAGAAGAGAAAGCUUUAAAAGGGACCUAGGGGCAACUUUUUCACACACACGGUGGUGCGUGUAUGGAGUGAGCAGCCAGAGGAAGUGCUGGAGACUGUUACGAUUACAACAUUUAAAAGGGUAUAUGAAUAGGAAGGUUCUAGAGGACCAUGGGCCAAGUGCUGGCAAAUAGGACUAGAAUAAUUUUGCAUGUCUGUUUGGCAUGGAUGAAUUGGACCAAAGAGUCUGUUCUUUUACUGUAUAUCUCUGUCACCGUAUAGCUCUGAAGAAAUAAAAAGGGAGAGAGAGAACGGAAGAAGAAAAAUGAAAGGAGGGAGGAGGGGGAAGGAAAGGAAAGAAGGAGGGAGUGAGAGAAGGAAGAGGGAGGAGAGGUGAGCCUGGAGGGAAGAUGAGUGUAGAGCAGAAGAAGAUGCGUGUGAGCAGUCUUCCCCCAGCUCCUCACUGUGACCCCUCCUAGGCUUUCACCCUGCUCCUGUGGAAAGAUGGAGGAAAUUAUUGAAAGGUGCAAUAUAAUGGCAGCUGGGAAGAGUGUAAAGUAUAAUUCUCUGGUGCUUCUGUGCGAAUGGAGCUCAUGUGGAUUCACUGCAUCUGGAAUGGAAGAUUUCAGCAAUCACAUUGCAGGCCAUUUAAAGGACCAAGUCCAGGGGGAUGAAAAUGACAUUGAACCACAAGAGGAGCACCAGUGUCUGUGGGCAGAGUGUGGAUUCUACUCCGUGGAGAGCUCAGCUGACCUGAUCCGUCAUGUUUACUUUCAUGCCUACCACACAAAACUGAAGCACUGGGGUCUGCAGUCCCUGCAGGCUCAGAGCGAACUCGAACACUGCAUAAUGGAUCAGCAGAGCCGCAACGUCAUUCCAGAAAUCCCAGAGAGUUUUGUCUGUCUCUGGGGCCACUGUGAUAGCACAUUUGAGAAUCCAGAAUGGUUCUACAGGCAUGUGGACAUGCAUGGAAUGUGUUCAGACCGGGAUGCAACCACAGAUUCUAAUCUAAUAAUUCCCUGUCGUUGGAAAGAUUGUGAUGCAACUUUCAGAGUGAAAUUUAAGCUUCGGGAGCAUUUGCGGAGCCACACGCAGGAGAAAGUAGUGGCAUGUCCCACCUGUGGGGGGAUGUUUGCAAGCAACACUAAGUUCUUUGAUCACAUCCGCAGGCAGAUGGCCAUGGAAUACCAACGCUUUCAAUGCUCCCACUGUUCAAAGAGAUUCGCUACAGAAAGACUACUCAGGGAUCACAUGCGACAUCACGUGAACUAUUACAAGUGCCCAUUUUGUGAUAUGACCUGUCCAGCACCUUCAGCCUUGCGGAACCAUGUCAAAUUCCGUCACAGUGAUGAGAAACCAUUUAGUUGCGAAUAUUGUGAAUACAGCUGCAAGAACUUGGUGGAUCUAAGAAAGCAUUUAGAUACGCACAGUGAGGAUCCAACCUACCGCUGUGAGUUUGCAGGUUGUACAUUCACUGCACGAUCCCAGUAUUCCAUCAAGUCCCAUUACAGGAGAGUACAUGAGGGGGAUAAGGAACCUAGAUAUAAAUGUCAUGUUUGUGACAAAUGUUUCACCAGAGGUAACAAUCUGACUGUGCACCUCAGGAAGAAGCAUCAGUUUAAGUGGCCUUCAGGUCACCCACGUUUCAGGUACAAAGAGCAUGAAGAUGGUUACAUGAGGCUGCAGUUGGUUCGUUAUGAGAGUGUUGAACUGUCCGAGCAGCUAAUGAAAGACCGGGAAAAGCAGGACGGCCGCAUGGACAGCAUGUCAGAGAGUUUGUUUCUGUCUGAAGCAAACCUAAGAGGGAUUAUACUAGAGCCGCUGGAAGAGUCAAACAGUGAGGAACAAGAUACAGGGAAGCGCAGUCCUGAUGCUCUGAACUAUUGUACAGCUGAGACCUUGCAACACCCCAGUCAUAAUGAGGUUGCUGGGGGGGGACAGCUCCAACAAUCACAGUUGAAUUCCACCGACACAAAUAAAAGUCCAAUCAUCCGGGUGGUCAAUCGGACGAAUGAGUAUGGAGAGAAUGAAACUGUUUAUUAUGUUCUGACCAAUGCACCACCCAGCCCAGGUAACGCUGAAGUGUCUGGUGAAGAUAUCAAUAUGGAGAUUGAGGGAACCUCAACUGACAAUAUAGAAAAGACUGCAGAAGAACUGGGCAUUCAAAUAAUCGGCUAGGAUUAAUGAUCCACUCACAUCACUGCUGCUGUUCUUGAUGGGAAACUGCUAUUUGGUCUGAUCUGUAUAUUCUGUUUCAGUCGAGUCAAGAAUGAGCUUUGUGAUGCCGUAUCGAUUUGGUUGGGAGACUCAGACCAUAUUUAUGGUGGUCAUUUUCUUCUAAUGUACCCCCUCCCUUCAAAACGAGAGGUUUGUUAUGUUCUGUCUGUAAUGCUGUCAGAUGCAGUGCAGUCCCUAUUCAAUUAUACUAAAUCAUUGGCUUAGACAAAUCUAUCAGAAAAUAGAUUUUGACAGGUUCUGGAUGGGCAGUGUCAAUGCAAAUGCAGUUCUCACCAGUAUUUUUAUUGCGUAAAAAUCCUGUACUGUUACUGUUCAUUUUUGUGAAAUGUCCUUUUUAGCCUGGCCGUCCGACACGCAAACAGGUCCUUACUAUUUUUUUACUCUUUUUAGGAGUAGAAAUUGCUGUAAAAAUUUCCUGUUACCAUAGGGUCUGACAUUACACAGAUUAACAGGAUGAUUUGAGGUCCUUUCUCUUGUAAGCCAUUGAUUUAUGCUAUUUUGAUCCAGAAUUAUCUGCAUCACACGUGGGCCGUUCGUAUUAUAUUAACACGAUAUUCAGCCAGUGUAAUAAAGAUCAAUGUUUUCUGUAACAGUGGUAUUUUACCACUAGCUUUUCUGCAUACUCCUAUCUUCAAACCCCACCCAUCCACAUUCUCUUCCAUGUACGUUCCUGUAGUUAAGCACCUUCUGAACUCACAUCAGGUAUCUGCAUAUCUGACCAUCCUUGUGAUUCCAUGCCCACCUUUUUAAGUUCAUACUUUUUUAACUUGAAUUUGUCUUGCAGCUACUCAGAGUCAAACAGAAUCAAAUAGACUGAGACUGAAUUCCAUGCACCAACACUUCAAUCUGAGAUUGCCAUCUCCUUCAACUGAGAAUAUGAUGCAACCUACUUCAGACUUGUAGUCUGACUUAGAAUCUUGCACUACUUUUAAAAGCAUCUUUAACUACUAAGUAGUAAUAAAUGAUGUGAUGUGAGUUUCAAGUGUCACGUUUGGCAUGUACCAUUAAGCCUGUGUGUUUACCAGCUUGCGAUGGAUUAAUAAUUGAACUAACACUCACAAUGUAACUAACGCCACGUAUGCUUCUAAGAAGGUGGUGUUAUUUUGACAAAUGUAUGAUUGAUUUCUUGGGAAAUUAUUAAAG